AUGUAUUCGUCAAGAAGUGAUAGUGAAAGUACAGGAAAAGGUAAUGCUACAAACGAACUGCAGUUCACAGUAGAUGAAAUUGCCAAUGCCCCCGUGUUUUUGGAAAAAUCCCAAACUACAAAAAUAAAAGCUAGAAAGGAUGAGGCUAUUAGAAAUGUUACCAGGAAGUAUGAGGCUAUGGAAGGCGACAGUAAUCCUACAAUUAAAAAAAUCGGAGGCGCCCUGCAAAUUGGUAUUGAAGAUGGAUCUACUCAGCAUAGAGUGAUUGAUGCUUCUACUAGGCGAGAAGAGACUGAAUCAAUCAGCAAACCACAAUCUAGUAGUGUCAAGACUGUCGAAUCUCUUCUGCCAACAAGAAAAAAACAACAAAAAAGUACGAAACAAAUGAAACAAAAGGACUCACAACCAAAGAGCUUCUACGGCUAG